GGGCGGGGAGCCGGGCAGGCAACCUCAGGUGGGGCUGCUGGCAGCGAGGGACCCAGGCCGGGAGCCCCCCAGGAUGCCCCGCGGAGACUCGGAGCAGGUGCGCUACUGCGCGCGCCUCUCCUAUCUCUGGCUCAAGUUCUCGCUCGUCAUCUACUCCACGGUGUUCUGGCUGAUCGGGGCCCUGGUCCUGUCAGUGGGGAUCUAUGCAGAGGUCGAGAGGCAGAAAUACAAAACCCUGGAAAGUGCCUUUCUGGCCCCGGCCAUCAUCCUCAUCCUCCUGGGGGUUGUCAUGUUCAUCGUGUCCUUCAUCGGCGUGCUGGCUUCCCUUCGCGACAACCUGUGCCUUCUCCAAGCGUUUAUGUACAUCCUUGGGAUUUGCCUCAUAAUCGAGCUCAUUGGUGGCGUGGUGGCCUUGAUCUUCCGGAACCAGACCAUCGACUUUCUGAAUGACAACAUUCGAAGAGGAAUCGUGAACUAUUAUGACGAUCUGGACUUCAAAAACAUCAUGGACUUUGUUCAGAAGGAGUUUAAGUGCUGUGGCGGAGAAGACUACCGAGAUUGGAGCAAAAACCAGUACCACGACUGCAGUGCCCCCGGACCCCUGGCCUGCGGGGUGCCCUACACCUGCUGCUUCAGAAACACGACAGAAGUUGUCAACACCAUGUGUGGCUACAGAACUAUUGACAAGGAGCGCCUCAGCGUACAGCAUGUCAUCUACGUGCGGGGCUGCACCAACGCCGUGCUCAUCUGGUUCAUGGACAACUACACCAUCAUGGCGGCUCUCCUGCUAGGCAUCCUGCUCCCCCAGUUCCUGGGGGUCCUGCUGACAUUCCUGUACAUCACCCGAGUGGAGGACAUCAUCACGGAGCACUCUGUCACCGAUGGGCUCCUGGGACCCGGCACCAAACCCAGCGUGGAGGCAGCCGGCACGGGGUGCUGCAUGUGCUACCCCAUUUAGGGCCGUGGCCUGGGGCGGCAGCUCCAGAAGGACCGUGACAGGACAGCUCUGCGCAGGCCACGUCGUGGGGGCCAGAUAGGACUGCGGCCCCUCCCUCCACAUUCGGCACUGACCAAAGCCCAAAGCCCCGGCUGUGUUUGCUCAGGGCUCCCGGGCCACCGCCUGUCUGGGGGGCGGAGCCCCUCCCCAGCUGCGGAAUUCUGUGCGUGCCCACCCUGCUGGGCAUGGGGAACAGGGCACCCCUCCUCCAGGCUCCGGCUGCUGGGGAAGGGGGAGCUUGACGCUGGGCUCUGGACCCAUUUCAUUUCUGGUAGUGCCUUGGCCUUGGUGUUUGUGUCCCUUUGAGGGCAGUUUUGUAGUGAUUUGUAAUUGGGGAGGGAGGAGAGCAUGUGUGCCCUGAGGGGAGGGAGCAGAGGGGUGGGGUGCAGACCCCGGGGCCCCGUCCUUCGGCCUCACCCUGAGGCCACGCUGGGUCCGUUUCUCAGCCUCCCGGGUACCUUGAGACCUCCCCAGGGCUGCUGCUUUGUUGACCCUGUUUUGUACCUGAUUUUUAUAACAUUCAUUUUGUACACAGUUAACAGGAGUUUCCGACUAAUCAAAGCUGGCUGUUCCCCCCAUUCCUCUCCCCCCUCCAAGCCAGUUUAUUAAUCAGACAAUAAA